AUGGGCGCGUUACGCACGGUUUUAUGCCAUCCUGAUGAGUUAUGGGCGUUAGUCAAGUAUCGUGAGAAGAGUAGAAAGGCAGUAAACGUACAGGAAGAGGGUUUACGGCAGCGGGUGGGCGAUGCUGAGCGCAUCGCCGACUGGCGCUUCUGUUACGAGUACCUCCGGAGAGUGUCUCGUUCGUUCGCGCUGGUGAUCAUGGAGCUGGAUUCAGAACUUCGCGACCCGGUAUGUAUAUUUUACCUUAUUCUACGCGCCUUGGACACGAUAGAGGACGACACGAGCGUUGACGCAACGUUGCGGAUGCGGCUGUGUCAAGAGUUGUACACGCACCUGCAGGGCAACAGCUACGCUGUGCACGAUAUCGGCAGCGCGGACGAGCGGAAGCUGUUGGAAGAGUUUCCCCGAGUGCUUGGUUGUUUCCAUGAGCUGAAACCUGCUUAUCGAGAGAUCAUAACGGAUAUUACCCGUUGUAUGGGUGACGGUAUGGCUCAGCACAUUCAUCACAAGGCAUGUGCGACCAUUGCGGACUACGACUUGUACUGCCACUACGUUGCUGGUUUGGUGGGUAUUGGGUUGAGUGCCAUGUUCGCUGCUUCCGGGUACGAGUCACGGGAAGUAUUCGUAGAGAGCAAGCUUGCUGAUGCGUUAGCGAACUCUAUGGGUCUUUUCCUGCAGAAAACCAAUAUUAUCCGGGACUAUCUGGAAGACCAACGUGAUGGACGCACAUUUUGGCCUCAGGAGAUAUGGGGUAGGUUUGGCAAGGACAUGGAACUCGCCGAUCUAGCCCGACCUGAACACCGCCGUGUCGCCGUCGAGUGCCUGAACGCCAUGGUCACCGACGCGCUUCGGCACGUACCCGAUUGUCUUCAGUAUAUGUCGCAGGUGCGGUCGGAAUCUGUAUUUUAUUUUGUGGCGAUUCCCCAAGUCAUGGCGAUAGCCACGCUUGCGCUUUGCUACAAUAACGCCGAUGUAUUCGUUCGACGCGUCAAGCUUCGUCGCGGCCAAACAGCGAAGCUCGUGCUCCGCGCCCGCGACAUGCCCGCAGUACUGACCAUCUUCACGGAGUACUGCGAGGCGAUCGCGAGCUCCGUAGACCCCUGUGAUCCGUCGUAUGCUGAGACUGUCGCUGCAGUGGAGCACGCUCUCACCGUGGCGGCGCGGAUCCGAGACGAACUCAUAUAUCGUCCGAUGGCGACGGUCUAUCGAGUACCGGCCUAUCGACCGCCACUGGGCCUGAAGUAUGCCAAUCGGAUUGCGGUUCUCUUAUUCAUCAUCCUUAGUUUGUAUGUACUGUAUCGACGCAAGCAGCAGGACGGGGGUGGGCUUGGCUGGCGAGCUGCCUUUGGCGGUAUACCUUCCCUGGGAGAUCUGGCAGCCAUCGCGCUCCUGUUUGCUGUGCUGAGUUAUUUGCUGGGCGUUUUCGGAUUGCAAUACGUUUCGCUGGCCCCGCCCAAUGAAAUCAAAGCGACUUGUACUGAUGUAAACUAA